AUGCCUUCAAGACCAAAUCCAAUCCGACCAAAGCCAUUCAUCAACAGAACAAGACUUCUCUUCUUGAUCCUCACAAUCUCUUCUUCUCUUGUCGUCUUCUUCGCAAUUCUCUACUUCAUCUACCACCUCUGGACUUCUCUUCUCAACCGUUCCAGAACCAUCCCAUUCUUCGACGUCGUCGCGUCGCCAUCAAAGCUCCAGCUUUUCUCUCACAAAGAGCUCAAACUAGCAACCAACGAUUUCGACGAAUCCAACGUGAUCGGCAAAGGCGGCUCGGGAACUGUCUUCAGAGGCAUUACAAGAGACGGGAAGCUAUUCGCGGUGAAGAGACUCGACAAUCUCUCUCUCCAAACAGAGACCGAGUUUCAGAACGAGUUACAGAUUCUCGGCGGGUUAAAAUCGUCAUUUCUGGUGACUCUUUUAGGCUACUGCGUCGAGAAGAAUCAAAGGUUCUUGAUUUACGAGUAUAUGCCAAACAAGAGCCUUCAAGAGCUUCUUUUCAACGAAGAUGGAGAUUCGGGGUUGAAUUGGGAAAGGAGAUUCAGUAUCAUCCUCGAUGUAGCGAAAGCUCUCGACUUUAUGCAUUUCGGGUGUGACCCACCAGUGAUCCACGGAGACAUCAAGCCCAGCAAUGUUCUUCUGGAUUCUGAAUUCAAGGCGAAGAUCUCCGAUUUCGGUUUGUCUAGAGUUAAAGUUGAAGGAGGAGGUUAUGGGAUUGAUUUGUUCAGUCAGGAUUUGGGGAAAAGUCAAGAACUUUCUGGGAAUUUCGGAGGAGAGAGCACUCCUCAGACCGCCAUUGGUACUCCAACGCAUCACGAGGUUGAUUUCGCUCUUGCUCUACAAGCUUCAUCGUCUUCGAAGAACAGUAGAACGAGUCGGAACAUUAAGGCGAUGGAGCUUAACUCGAUGAGCUUAGGUUUGGAAGGUGAGACGAAAGGGAAAGAGGUUUCAAACGAUAAUGUGUUGUCAUGUGAGGAUGUUGAGUUUGAUGAGGGAAAGGAGAUGAAUUUGAGCCCUAAUUCGGUUCUUGAUUUGGGGAAAGGGUCGAAACAAUGGGGAAGAGAUUGGUGGUGGAAGCAAGAAGGGAGUGGUGAGCUGUGUAGUAAAGAUUACGUUAGGGAAUGGAUUGGGAGUCAGAUUCACACUGCGAAUCCGGAUUGGGAUGAUGAGAAGAAGAUGGGAAAUUCACACAUCAACACUCCUCCUGAGCUGGGAAAUUCAACGAGGACAAUGGAGAAAGCAGAAUCUAGGUUUGACACUUUAGAAGAGAAGUUUGCAGAGGAAGAGAGCAGCGAGAGGAAGAGCAAGAAACCAAAGAAGAAGAAGCAUAGGAACAUGGAGGAAUGGUGGAAAGAGGAAGAGCAUCAAGAAGAGAUGAACAAUCAGAAGAAGAUUAGAAUUCUGAGGAUCAAGUUCAAGAACCGUUUGAAAGUCUCACACUUUCGUUUCUGUUUCCGUGGUAAAGGCGAAAACAGCGUGCCAGAGGGAGGAGAAGGAGAAGCAGCAGGAGAGUUUAGCUUCAGGAGAGGAUGGAGAAGGAAAAGCAACAGCAGCAGCAAGAAGAAGAAGAAGGACAACAAGAAGAACAGAUCAAUGGGGAGUGAGAUGUGGAGUGGAGAUUUGUUCAGCCGUGAGCUAAGCAGCACGACGAGUAUGAGAGGGACAUUGUGUUACAUAGCACCAGAGUAUGGAGGCGGUUGCUGUUACUUGAUGGAGAAAGGAGAUAUCUACAGCUUUGGAGUGUUGGUUCUAGUGAUAGUCUCGGGAAGGAGGCCGUUACACGUCCUUGCGUCGCCGAUGAAGCUUGAGAAAGCGAAUUUGGUGAGUUGGUGUAGGCAACUGGCUCAGUCAGGGAAUGUUCUUGAGCUGGUGGAUGAGAGAUUGAAAGAUGUGUAUAACAAGGAAGAGGCAGGGUUGUGCAUUAACUUGGCUUUGGCUUGUCUGCAGAAAGCGCCUGAGUUAAGGCCUGAUAUUAGUGAAGUUGUGAGGAUCUUGAGAGGGGAAAUGGAUAUUUCGUCGACUGCUUUCGAGUUUUCUCCAUCGCCUCCUGCUAAAUUUUAUGGCAGUAGAUCAAAGCGGAGAAGUUAG